GAAACGAACUGAAAUUUAUGUCUGUUUUAUUCGUUAUACUGCUAUAAAAGCUUGUGUAGUUAGUUAAUUGUGAAAUGGAUUUGAAUGAUGAUAUAGAAUUAAGUGAAGACGAAGAAAUCACAGUAGAAACAGUGUUAAAGACAGUACAGUGCGCCUGGCAAAAUGAACGAUUAGCGCCAGAAAUCCUACCCCACCGCAACGAUAUGGUAGAAUGCAUGUUGGGACAAAUACAGCACAUGGAAAGAAACAUCAACAAACUCCCUAAAACAGAUCUUCGAGCGUCCAUUCAUAAAAUGGAAUUAAGUAGAAUAAAAUUUGUAAUAUGUAAUUACUUAAAAACUAGGCUACAUAAGAUAGAGAAAUUUUGUAUUCCCAUAGUUAAUGAAGAAAGACAACGAAUAGAAUCAGGAACCAACUACCUUACACCGGCCGAGUUCAAAUAUGCCCAGGAGUAUUUAUUGAGCAUGGAGAAUCAUUUAAAAAAAGUUGUUUUGAAUAAAGUUCCAGGCAACAUGCAAGCCCUGGAACUGGGCAAGUUGGCCGUAUACCCUAACUUACACAGUCAUGUGUUCCUGAAGGCGAACAACACCAUCACGGGAGUAGUUCUAGAGGACCAGCCCGGAGACCAGGAUGAAGAAAUUGACUUGGAAGAUGGAUCUCAACACAUCCUGCAGUACAAACCAAUAGCUGAACUAGUCAAAAACGGAAAGGUUCAGUUAGUGUGAGAGGAAGUGUGACACUGUACCAAAAACAGUAAUAAGUGGUUGUGUAAAAU